AUGCUACAGGGCAGCUACGCCAUUGGAACAGCGAAACAGAACAACACCAUUCAGUGCAACACGAAUAACGUGAAACUAUGUGUGGUGGAGCCAGUUAGAAACAGUGAUCAGAGCAACCAGAGUAAUCAGACUAAUCAGAAGAAUAACUCUAUUGAAAAAGUAUUAGCAAAUUACUACAGUCAAAUGAAGGAUAAGAAUAAUACAGGUGAUACAGAUAACACUGACAACAACAAUAACAAUGAUAACAAUGAUAAUAGUAAGAAGAGUGAUGAUCAAUUACAGUUACUGUCAUAUGAAGAAGUACAGAAUCAGAUCAGUGGUAAGAAGAAUAAGAGCAAGAGCAAGAAGAGUGGGCUAUUGGAGAAAGCAAAGAGUUUGUUGAUUGGGGAGAAUAAGAGUGGAUUAUUGGAUAUUGGUGAUGCAUACAAUGAAGGUGAUAGAGUUGGAUUAUUGAGUGAUGUGAUAGAAUAG